CGCCCGGAGUGGAGUUUCAUCACAAGUGAAGCAGAGAGACUCUGUCCGUCAUCAAUUCCAAAUUAUUCCUUUAAAUUGAGAUUUCGUCCUGGUAAUUCUCUCAGAUCCAUCGUAUAUAUCAUUUUCUCGAGAAAGUGCGGGACAAUAAUGGAAAAAAUGAACAAAGCUGUCGAGAAAGUUAAGAAAAUGGUGGGAAUGGAGGUGGAAGACGAACAACAAACUGCAGUAUUGGAGGAGAGCAACUCAUUCUCCUUCAUGGAUGAAUUUAAUCAGAACUGCACCUUGUCCACCAAGCAGAGAUUAUAUGGUUUCGCCAUAUGUUUUGUUGCUGGGUUUACUUUUACACUAUUGUCUAUGCUCGUUUUCUUCAAUCCAAUCAAGUUUGGGAUAACAUUCACUCUUGGCAAUUUGCUUUCACUUGGAAGCACAGCAUUCCUCAUUGGUCCCAAGAGGCAGCUGACAAUGAUGCUUGAUCCUGUUCGUAUCUAUGCAACAGCUCUAUACCUAGCAAGUAUGAUAAUCGCCUUAUUUUGUGCUCUAUAUGUUCGUAACAAACUUUUGACACUUCUAGCAAUUAUUUUGGAGUUUGGGGCUCUAGUUUGGUAUAGCUUGAGCUACAUCCCUUUUGCAAGAGCCAUGGUUUCAAAAAUCAUGGCUACUUGCUUUGACACUGAUUUGUAA